AUGCUGGCGGAGGCCUGCUCCUCCGUCGCCACCGACUUUCGAGAUGCCUGCGGCGACUGCAUCGCCGGCGGAGCGCCGCAGAGGCUGGCGGCGGACGGGACGGCUUCGUGCGGCUGGAGCAGCUGCUCACGCUCCGCGCCGCUCGACUGGACGCAGACGCUGAGCGAGCUCAAGCGCCUUGUUCCCUCUCUCGAUCCCGACGUCAGCCGCCGCUUCGUCGACCGCGAGGCUGCUGGCGUGCAGGCGCUCCUCGGUCGGCUGUCGCUGCGCGAGCGGAUCGGCCAGAUGCUGCAGCUAGAUGUCAACCUCGCGCUCGCGACGGGCGAGGACAUAACGGCAGUGCUCGAUGGCUCGCUCGACAAGUCUGCAGGCGCCGGCGCCGUCGUCUUUGCGGGUGCUCUCGCCGCUCGCCGCCUCGCCACCGUCUUGCCGCACAACAUCGGGCUCGGCGCCGCAGACGACGAGAGCCUGACCGCCGCGGCGGGCGCCGCGACGGCGACCGAGGUGGCCGCGGCGGGGCUGAACUGGGCCUUUGGCCCCUGCGUCGCUUCGCCUCGGGACAGCCGGUGGGGGAGGACGUACGAGGGCUUCGGGGCGGACGAGCAGCUCGGGGACGCGGACCUGGACGCCGUGGGGCUGGCGGAGCACCUGCUGCCGUACCGCGCCGCAGUGCAGGCGUGCGGUCGGGGGGCGUGCGGUCGGCGCGGCUUGCAGGCGGGCGUGCUGUCGGUGAUGGUCUCGUACUCGUCUGGGCGCCUGCAGGCAGCCGUGGGGCGCCUCUCCGACCCUCCUCCUCCGGCGCGCGACUCUGUAGGCUUCCUCAAGGAGCACCUCGGCUUCGGCGGCCUUGUCGUGUCCGACUUGGGCGGCGUCGAUCAGCUGCGGGGCGGCUCCCUCACGCGCUUCGCCGCCGCCAUCAACGCCGGAGUCGACAUGGUCAUGCUGCCAGGCGCACUGCGCCUCCUCGCUCCUAUAGCCAGCACUUGGACCGCCGGAGGGGCCGCCUCCGUCUCGUGGCAGACCUUCCUCGACGACGUCGAGCGCGCCGUGCUGAGCGGCGAAGUGCCGCGGGCUCGCGUCGACGACGCCGCGGCGCGCGUGCUCGCAGCCGCGAUCGGGCUCGUGUCCCCGUUUGGUGACCCCGCGCCAGAGGUGGAGGCGGACAGCGAGCGCGGCUUCGGCAGCCGCGGGCCGUGGGCGCACGCCACGGGGCGCGAGGAGGGGGGCGAGGCGGCGGGGGGCGAGGGAGGUGAGGCGGCGCCAACGGACGACGAGCUCUACGCGGCGCACAGCCCGCUGGCGGAGGAGGCGGCGCGCCGCUCCGCCGUCCUUCUCGAGCAAAGCGGAGCGCCGCCGCUGCUGCCGCUGCCGAGGGAGGCGCGGCUGCUGCUCGCGUGCUCGGGCGCCCACUCGCUCGAGCGGCAGCUCGGCGGCUGGUCCCUGGGCUGGCAAGGGGCGGGCGAGGGCGCGCGCACCAAAGGGACGACCGUGCUGCGGGGGCUGCUGCGGCGAUCGGCGUGCGCGGAUCCGCGCAGCUGCGUGCAACUGGUGCCGACGCCGCUGAUCCGCAGCCCAAGCGAGCC